AUGGCUGCAAAAUCUCUACUCUCCUUGUUGUUGGCAAUGUUUGUCAGCAGCGCCUUGGCACAAUCGCCUGUGGAUUGGCAGCCACUACUCGACCAGCAGAACUUAGUGCUACGCCAGGUGGUGCAGGCAUUACAACUGACCCGUAGCGGCGCCAGCGAUACCGAUACUUGCUUCGAUUGGUAUUUGGAUAACCAAACCGCGAUCAAUGAAGUCUAUUACAGUGAGUACAACUUAUGCGCCAGCGUAGCAACGGCGGCAAAGAAACUGCUUUCGGAGCAAAGUGCUUUGGAGCGUCAAGAUCUUUUGGAUGAUGGCCAGUCACUUUGCUCAGCUUUAAGCGAUUGCGAAAGUGUCACUGAUGGUCUGCAGUUUUUCCAGUGCUACAAUAAGGCGUCUAAUGAAAACAGCGCGAAUUUGUUUAACAUAAGCGUCACAUCGGAGCGAAUUGCUGACAAAUUGACAAUUUCAUAUCAAGCCAUCAACGACACUGAACGUACGUGUACUACUAAAGCGCGUGUUAAGAACGUGGAAGACUUAGGUAUUAGUAGAGCGUGUCUGAACAACUGCUUAAUUGGUGAGUGGAGCCCCCCUAAAACGACCGCAGCUUCAACCGACACUACCACUGAAGCAACUGCAUCGACUGAAGCUCCCGGAUCAACCGACACUACCACUGAAGCAACUGCACCGACUGAAGCUCCCGGAUCAACCGACAUUAGCCCUGAAGCAACCACUGCGAGCGACGCUCCAACAUCUGCACCGUCAGAUGGCAGACAAGGCUUACCAGAAGAGGACUUAUACAAGUAUGAUUUUAACUACAUGACAAACGUGCUCCAGAGGAAACUGAAUGGACAUUUUUAA